AUGCAAAUCUCAAAAUAUUUAUGUGCUAUGAUUAUUGGUGCUAUUGUGAUUGCCAUUAGUGCAUCGCCAUUACAAAAACGCAGUAGUAGUAUAUUCAACAGUCAAUCACAGUCAGCAUCUACUACUACUAAUCAGUGUACCACAGGAACGCAAUACUGUUGCAAUAACGCUCAGAAUUCCAAUACUGCCCAGUUACAAAAUGGCAACAACGCUGGAUCAAUGUUUUAUAAUACGCAGACUAAUAAACAAUUAGCAUGUAGUAAUUACAACAACAAUAGUUCCAUGGGUACUCAAACUACAGGAUGUCAACAAAACAUGUAUUGUUGUCAAGUAUGUUAUUAG